UAUCCUCAGUUUGCUUCCGUCAGGCCUCGCGUCCACGCGGGAGGUGCGGGACGCCGACACCGCGGGGCGAGAAGAGCUGGUGGUUUCACCUUCCUUGUUCAUAGGGCGGCGGGGCCUUGCAGCGGCGCGGGCGAGCGGAAAGGCCGCGGGAGGCGGCGAGCCAGCGGAAGGUGCGACUGGCGGAGGGCGGCCAUGGUCCAGCCCUGAAGCCGAACAAAAAAGGCCAACUUCAAAAGCUGCCAACAAUGAAUGGCUCCAAAGAUCCCCCUGGGUCCUAUGACUUCGACCUGAUCAUCAUUGGAGGAGGCUCGGGAGGACUGGCAGCAGCUAAGGAGGCAGCCAAAUUUGAGAAGAAAGUGCUGGUCUUGGAUUUUGUCACACCGACUCCUCUUGGGACCAGAUGGGGUCUCGGAGGAACGUGUGUGAACGUGGGUUGCAUACCUAAAAAGCUGAUGCACCAGGCAGCUUUGCUCGGACAAGCUCUGAAAGACUCGCGCAACUAUGGCUGGAAAGUCGAAGACACAGUGAAGCAUGACUGGGAGAAAAUGACAGAAUCUGUGCAGAAUCACAUCGGCUCGCUGAACUGGGGCUACCGGGUAGCUCUCCGGGAGAAAAAGGUCGUCUAUGAGAAUGCUUACGGGAGGUUCAUUGGUCCUCACAGGAUUGUGGCGACAAAUAACAAAGGUAAAGAAAAAAUCUAUUCAGCAGAGCGGUUCCUCAUCGCCACGGGUGAGAGGCCCCGCUACCUGGGCAUCCCUGGAGACAAAGAGUACUGCAUCAGCAGUGAUGAUCUUUUCUCCUUGCCUUACUGCCCGGGGAAGACCCUAGUAGUUGGCGCGUCUUAUGUCGCCUUGGAAUGUGCAGGAUUUCUGGCUGGUAUCGGCCUAGAUGUCACUGUAAUGGUGCGGUCCAUUCUCCUUAGAGGAUUUGACCAAGACAUGGCCAACAAAAUCGGUGAACACAUGGAAGAACAUGGUAUCAAGUUCAUAAGGCAGUUCGUCCCAACGAAAAUUGAACAGAUCGAAGCAGGGACACCAGGCCGACUCAGGGUGACUGCUCAAUCCACGAACAGCGAGGAGACCAUAGAGGGCGAAUUUAACACAGUGUUGCUGGCGGUAGGAAGAGAUUCUUGUACGAGAACUAUUGGCUUAGAGACCGUGGGCGUGAAGAUAAACGAAAAGACCGGAAAGAUACCUGUCACGGAUGAAGAGCAGACCAAUGUGCCUUACAUCUACGCCAUCGGCGACAUCCUGGAGGGGAAGCUAGAGCUGACUCCCGUAGCCAUCCAGGCGGGGAGAUUGCUGGCUCAGAGGCUGUACGGAGGCUCCAAUGUCAAAUGUGACUAUGACAAUGUCCCAACGACCGUAUUUACUCCUUUGGAGUAUGGCUGUUGUGGCCUCUCUGAAGAAAAAGCCGUAGAGAAAUUUGGGGAAGAAAAUAUUGAAGUUUACCACAGUUUCUUUUGGCCAUUGGAAUGGACAGUUCCAUCCCGGGAUAACAACAAAUGUUAUGCAAAAAUAAUCUGCAACCUUAAAGACGAUGAACGUGUCGUGGGCUUCCACGUGCUGGGUCCAAACGCUGGAGAGGUGACGCAGGGCUUUGCGGCCGCGCUCAAGUGUGGGCUGACCAAGCAGCAGCUGGACAGCACCAUCGGCAUCCACCCAGUCUGUGCAGAGGAGUGAUCCCCACAGACCCGGACGGACUCUCCAGCUGCGAGUUCAUCUUUAGGCAGUGCAACCUUCCUCUGGAAUUUCUGUAGGUAGCUAUAUUUCUUGUUCUGGCUGGGGGUCUCAGGGGAUCCCCCAGUACCUGGGGGGUCGGUGAUAUUCAGGGUGGUUCCAGCUAAUCAACUUCACUUGUGAGGGAAAAGCUAACGCAAAAAGAGCAUCCAAAGAGAUCCCGUCAAAUGUCUAAUGUCUUAAAGCACAUUAAGGGGAAGGAAACUGGGGACUCCAAGGUGAGCCCUGCCUGAACUGCACAGUGAGACCUUGUCUCCAGAAAACAGAACAAAGCCUGCCUUAAAAUGCAUCCAGGGCCUCUGUCUUGUCUUGUUUUGUUUUGUUUUGUUUUAACUUUCAGUACAUUGCUAUUGUAAAGAGAGGGUGGGACCCUCUUGGGCAGGGUACCCCAGAGCCUGGGGGAAGACCGGAAGGUCUUGGGCAGAGCAAUUGGCAGCACUUGAGCCUGGUCCCUGUCCAGUGCUCUGUGUGCUGCCCUCUAAGGUUGCUGUUUACAGGUAAAUAUUUCGACAAACAUUCCAAAGCAGGGGUAUGGGAGUGAAAUCUGUAAAGUCAACCCUUCAAUCUUUUCCCUGGUCUGGUGCCAGCCCUGCCUCAGCUUCCUGUUUUCAAUGGGGAGCCACCAGUGCAAAACAGAGAUAACAGCCAGCUCGCUCUUUUUUUUUUUUUUCUUUUUUAAUUCUCUCACUUUUUAGGUUAGUUCUUAUCCAAACCUCUUUCUAAAUCUUUCUAAACCCCAAGAAACAAAACAAAACUUGCAGGCUUCAGGAGCCAAGAGUCUGUUUAAAUAGACACUCUUGCUCAUUCCUUUUCUUCCAUCACAAACAUCGAGAAGAGCUUGUCGGAUGGCAUCUCCAGUUAUACACAUUACUGCUAUCCUGACAGCUAUUUUCAGUGUCCCACAUUGUCGCGUGUCGCCCCACCUCCCACCCCCAUCCAUAACGCCCGUCUUUUUUUAAACAAAGAAAUUGUGUUCCUUUUCAGAAACAGUUGGGCUGGCUCACUGCAUGUUAGCUAGCGCUGACUGUUGGCGUGCUAAUGAGUGCGGUGGGAUGGGCUGGGACUGUGCUUUUCUGUGAGGUUACAGAAGGGACGAGGACUUCGGGGGUUUUACAUCCUUACUGACUGACAAAGAUGAGCUCCCUAUUAUAGUCCCUUGAUUUUGAGUGUGAAUUAGUCAUAUUUUAAGAUUUGGCCCGUAAGUACUCAGGUCUGAAUGUUUGCUGUGUUGUAGCUACUGAAGGCUACGCUAGAGCAAGGGCUUUUCUCAGGGUUAGAAAUCCCCUUGCGUUCAAAGGAUGUUUGCUUCAUUGUGGUCGCUCUGGUCAGUGAACAUCAAGAGGAUUUCUUGCUCCGUUCUUGUAUUACAUACUAGUGUUCCUCUGUGAACACUGGUACUUGGAAGGCUGAGGCAGAAGAAUUGCCCUGAGCUUGAAAUCAGUCAAGGCUGCAGAGUCAGAUCCAGUCUCAAGUAAACAGACAAAUAAGUAAGUUAGUGUUCUAAGAAACCAAUAUUUUUUUUUUCCGAGAACCAAUGAAAGUAUAUUAUUUGGCCAAAAAAAAAAAGCUUGUUUCCAAGUGUCUGCAAAGAUGUGUGCAGUCUGCAUCGGCUUCUUCUGGCACCUUCCACAUACACUGUGGCCUCUGGUUAAGGAGACUUCUUGGCAGGGCAGGUGGAGCCUCUGGAAAUGGUGUGAAGGUCCCUAGGCCCAUGCUGAUAUUUGAUCUACUUAGAGGAUGGAAACAGUCCACUGUUGCUACAUGUAUAACCUUUGUAGUAAAGUCGUUAGGGAAUGGCCUGGUGAGCUUUACACACACACACACACACACACACACACACACACACACACACACACACAGGCCCAGGGCAGCUCAGCAGUCGCCAUGCUCAGUUUGUAGUAAAGUGUCAUUCGAGGAGGAGGUGUGCUGGGUCGUCUGUGUGUGGCUCUGAGAUUGCACACAUCCUGUGUCCUC